AUGGAGGACGACAGAGGCACCCCGGGAAAAGUGAGGAAGAAAAGCACUCCCGCUCAUCGCAAAUCCUUGUCUUGCGAAUAUUGCAGUCGGUCGUUUGCGCGCCUGGAACACCUCCAGCGCCAUCUCCGCACCCAUACUAAGGAGAAACCUUUCUCAUGUGAUAUUUGCUCCAAAUCUUUUGCGAGGAGUGAUCUGCUCGUACGACAUGAGCGGCUAGUCCAUCCAACUGAGACCGCAGCCAACCGGGAGCAUCGUGCUCAGAAUAGCCACGAUGUCCCCCAGACCCAACCUCCCAUAAUACAGCCCACUCACCAUGAGUCCCGCAUGCUAGAGCUUGCCGACGCUGUCCCUAUUCACACCCAACCCGUGCCGCCGCCGCCUCCCGAGGUGCAGGUGCAACCUCCCCCGAUUGUGGAAACGCCUCACUUCAACCCUUCUUGGGGAUAUGACUUGAACCUCCUUUCCCACGCUGCAAGUCAUGUUGCCCUGGAGGGUGAGCAGGAAAGUCUCGAAUCGCUCCGCAAGUCUUCACAGAACGUGGGCACCUCGCAGCCACUUACCCACGUCCCAGAGAGAGCGAUAACCGAUAAUUAUGGCGUCGAACCCUCUAUCUUGGAUCUUGCUGACUUAGGGGAUCCUGUUCAAGACUUCACGGUCUUCCUGGAGAGCGUAGGCCUGUCGUCCGACUGGGACUCUGGCGUAUUCUCAACGGUUGAAGACCCGAUCCUGCCGACUACUCUCCCAAUGGACUCAAAGCCAGCCAUCCGUGAAAUCGGGAGACUUGGUCCCGAGCUCAUGAGCGACCCGCGGACUGCAGCUGAUGAACAGCCGUCGUUUUCUAAUUUUGGAUCACGACUACCGUCCUUGCAGCCUGAACCUCAUGAUGUAGAUGACCGUCUCGGGUUUGGUGAUGAAGGACCUCGCCCCGCCUGGGAUAUAUCAAAUGCAGACCGUCAGGUCUUCCUGUCGAAGCUCGAUGAAUUCGCCUAUAUUCUUCCCAAAAAUUUCAUUCCACCUUCAAGGCACGCACUGUCUCGGUUUUUUGCUGGUUAUAUCAACGGCUUAAACGAGCAUCUUCCUUUCAUUCAUGUCCCCACGCUCUCCGUUGCCAAAUGCUCACCCGAGCUCACUCUUGCGCUGGCUGCUGCGGGGUCUCAUUAUCGAUUUGAAAACAAUCGAGGCAUAGAGCUAUUUCACGCAGCCAAGGCCAUCCUGCUUCAGCGUCUCCACCGCCGAGAUAGUAAGCAAGUGGCUUGUCCGACCUGGAACUUCCUGUCACCGGCAUCUGGAUUCCACAACUCUCGCGGGUCAUCCGCGACCUCAAACCAUACCAGUAGUCCGUUCCAGCAGCAGCAGCAGCAGCACCCUACUCUAUACCCAGCGGAUCCUUCUGGAUAUGCACCCGAAGAUUCGGAUGCGCACAUGGAAGUGAUUCGAACAUUUCUUUUGCUUACAGUGUUUGCUUCGUGGGAACGGCACCCAGAGUUGUUACGAGAAAUGCUCUCACUUCAAAGCACGCUGGCGAGGCUCGUGAGAGAACAUGGUCUCGUCGAGCCACCUCCUAGCCCCGACCCGAACAACUGGGAAGAUUGGAUACGACGGGAAGGUAACCGGCGGACCAAAUUCAUUGUUUAUUGCUUCUUCAACCUCCACUCUAUCAUGUACAACAUCCCCCCUCUCAUUCUUAACGCCGAGCUGAAGCUGAACAUGCCCUGUUCGCACGACGUCUGGAAGGCUUCAAAUGCAGCUCAAUGGCGCCGUGUCCUCCGCACGAGGCAUGGCCCAGAAGUCUCCUUCCAGGAGGCUUUUGCCAGACUUUUCUUCAAGUCCAGUACUUCUAGCGCCUCGGCGCCGAUAUCCCCCCUUGGGAACUAUAUCCUGAUACACGCUAUUAUCCAGCAAAUAUUCUUUGCACGUCAGCUCUGUCUCUCUGCCCCAAGUAUGCAUGGGACAAGCUUACGUCAAGAAGACUUGUCCGCUUUGGACAAUUCUCUGAGUGCCUGGAAGGCGUUGUGGAAACGCACACCUGAAUCUAGCAUUGAUCCUCAAAACCCGGCAGGUCCGAUAGCAUUCACGUCUACUGCCCUUCUCGGGCUUGCUUAUAUUCGGUUGCAUGUUGAUUUGGGACCUUGUCGUCGUCUUAUCACGCAAGAUCCCCUGCAAAUCGCGAGAGCUCUGGGUGAAUCUCCACCAGUAGCACGAAGCCCUCGUCUGAUCAUGGCUCUUUUGCAUUCGGCCCAUGCACUUUCAAUCCCAGUCCGCCUAGGUAUUGACUUUGUGGCCCGAACCCAUUCGUUCUUCUGGAGCAUCCAGCACUCGCUGUGUAGCUUGGAGUGUGCUUUCCUCCUUAGCCGUUGGCUGCUGUCAAUACCAAUAACCCAGGCCGAGCAGAGACUGUCAGAGCACGAGCGAAAGCUUCUUCUGUGGAUCAAGAGUAUGAUGGAUGAAACCGACAUGGCUGUUGAUCCCCCUGGGGCACCCGACCUGGACUUUAUCGCCAACCCUUAUAAAGCGAAGCAGCUGAGCGUUGCUAUCGUGCGUGUUUGGGCACGAACCUUUAAAGGAAACACCAGCUGGGCGAUUGUGGAUCUAGUUGGGUCGAGUCUCGAUACUUAUGCCGAUUUUCUAGAGACGCAGAUGUAACUGCCCACCUCGCUCUGUGUACGACUGGCGCCUCGUGAUUCGACUCCACGCCAGACCUCCAAGCAAUAUUUCACUCUUCACAGCGCUGGGGAGCCAGCACUAUCUGUGAUUCGUUUAUGUCUCGGUUUCGUGAUUUGAUGAAUGGCUGAACCGCCUUAUUCGCUAAUGACACUUUGGUUUUUCUGUAUUGCUGGUGUUGUUGUAUACCCAUGUCUUCACGGAUAUGACAUC